CCCUCCUGCUGCUGUCUUCCCGCAGCCCCCGCGGCCAUGCCCAGCUCGGUGCUGUGGGCGGUGGACCUGUUCGGGAGGGUGUUCACGCUCUCCACAGCCGGGCAGUCCUGGGAGCUGUGCAGGGACGCCCAGCUGGAGUUCAAGCGGGUCAGCGCAGCCACCCAGUGCUGUUGGGGCAUUGCCUGCGACAACCAGGUCUACGUGUACGUGUGCGCCAGCGACGUCCCCAUCCGCCGCCGGGAGGAGGCCUAUGAGAAUCAGCGCUGGAACCCUGUGGGCGGCUUCUGUGAGACGCUCCUGCCGAGUGACCGCUGGCCGUGGAGCGACGUGAGUGGGCUCCAGCACCGGGCGCUGGACGGGGUGGCGCUGCCCUCGCCGCAUUGGGAGUGGGAGUCGGACUGGUACGUGGAUGAGAAUUUUGGAGGGGAGCCCACCGAGAAAGGGGGGUGGACAUAUGCCAUCGACUUCCCCGCCACCUACACGAGAGACAAGAAGUGGAAUUCUUGUGUCCGGCGGCGGAGGUGGAUCCGGUACAGGAGAUACAAGUCCCGGGACGCCUGGGCCAAGAUUCCGGCUGAGGAUGACCCCCAGCAACUGCCUGAUCCCUUCAACGACAUCUCUGUGGGGGGCUGGGAGAUCAUUGACGAGCCCGUAGGCCGCCUGUCUGUGUGGGCCGUGUCACUGCAGGGAAAGGUGUGGUACAGAGAGGACGUCAGCCACCCCAACCCCGAAGGCUCAUCGUGGUCCCUGGUGGACACCCCGGGGGAGGCGGUUCAGAUCAGCUGUGGGCCCCACGACCUGCUGUGGGUGACACUCUGGGAGGGACAGGCCCUGGUCCGGGAAGGAAUCAACAGGAACAACCCUAAAGGAAGUUCUUGGUCCAUCGUGGAGUCUCCCAUGUCUGAAAACGGGAUCAUGCACGUCUCCGUGGGAGUCGGUGUGGUCUGGGCUGUCACCAAGGACCGGAAAGUUUGGUUCCGAAGAGGCGUCAACUCUUACAACCCCUGUGGCACCAGCUGGAUUGAGAUGGUUGGAGAAAUGAUGAUGGUGAACGUGGGGCUAAAUGACCAGGUCUGGGGCAUCGGCUGGGAGGACCGGGCCUUGUACUUCCGUCAGGGUGUCACCCAGAGCGAGCUCAGCGGGAAGACGUGGAAGGCCAUCGUCGCCGGCCGGGAGUGUGACCGCUCGCACUCUGGCAGCUCGUCCAGCCUCCUCAGCGCUGGCUGCUUCUUUGGCGACGAGGUGAGGGGCAGCGGCGAGUCCUGUGGGCCCAGUGACACAGAUGCCUGCUCAGAGGCCGAGAAACCCGGGCCUGACCCGGACAUCGGCGGGACUGCGGAGUGUGGCGUGGAGGUCGCCGGCUCUGCCUCCGCCCCAGCUGAGCUGCCCUGGACCAACAUCGACCUGAAGGAGCCCAAGAAAGGACCCAGCCACUCGGCCCCCGGCUUUCCCGAGACCCCAGACCUCUCCUCGCUGGGCCUCCUCCCGCUGGGCUUGGAGGAGCCCUACAGCGCCGACUACCCCCCACUGUGGGCCUGGGUGUCAGGAGGAGGCUGUGCCGUGGAGGCCCACGCCGUGGUCAAGUGGUUCACCGUCCAGUCGGGCCUGUCCCCCUCGGUGCAGACGCUCUCGUUAUCCAUCACGCCCGCCCAGACCGCCGCCUGGCGGAAGCAGAUCUUCCAGCAGCUCACAGAAAGGACCAAGCGCGAGCUGGAGAACUUCCGACACUAUGAGCAGGCCGUGGAGCAGUCGGUGUGGGUGAAGACGGGGGCCCUGCAGUGGUGGUGUGACUGGAAACCGCACAAGUGGGUGGACGUCCGAGUGGCCCUGGAGCAGUUCACGGGGCACGACGGGGCUCGGGACAGCAUCCUCUUCAUCUACUACGUGGUCCAUGAGGAGAAGAAGUAUGUCCACGUGUUCCUCAACGAGGUCACGGCGCUGGUCCCCGUGCUGCACGAGGCCAAGCACUCCUUCGCCCUGUACACCCCCGAGAGGACGCGGCAGAGGUGGCCUGUGCGCCUGGCCGCCACCACCGAGCAGGACAUGAGCGACUGGCUUGCCCUGCUCAACCUGUCCUGCUGCGAGAGCCGGAGGGUCCACGGCCGCCCCUCCCCGCAGGCCAUCUGGUCCGUCACCUGCAAGGGGGACAUCUUCGUGAGCGAGCCCAGCCCGGACCUGGAGGCCCCCGAGCGCCUGCUGCCCUGCGACCAGAUGUUCUGGCGACAGAUGGGCGGUCACCUGCGGCUGGUGGAGGCCAACAGCCGGGGCGUGGUGUGGGGCAUUGGCUACGACCACACGGCCUGGGUGUACACGGGCGGCUACGGCGGAGGCUGCUUCCAAGGCCUGGCCAGCAGCACCGGCAACAUCUACACACAGUCGGACGUCAAGUGCGUCUACAUCUAUGAGAACCAGCGCUGGAACCCCGUCACCGGCUACACCAGCAGGGGUCUGCCCACUGACCGGUACAUGUGGAGUGACGCCACGGGGCUGCAGGAGUGCACCAAGACCAGCACGAAGCCCCCGUCCCUGCAGUGGACCUGGGUUUCUGACUGGUUCGUGGAUUUCAGCGUUUCUGGGGGCACUGACCAGGAGGGGUGGCAGUACGCCAGUGACUUCCCUGCCUCCUACCACGGGUACAAAACCAUGAAGGAUUUUGUCAGGAGGAGGUGCUGGGCCAGCAGAAAAUGCAAGCUGGUGACCAGCGGGCCCUGGCUGGAGGUGGCCCCCAUCGCCCUCGGAGACGUGUCCAUCAUCCCGGAGAGCCCCGGCGCCAACGGGAGUGGGCCCAGCAUCGCGCUCUGGGCCGUCAGUGACAAGGGGGACGUGCUGUGCCGUCUGGGCGUGUCCGAGCUCAACCCUGCUGGCUCCUCCUGGCUGCAUGUGGGCACCGACCAGCCCUUCGCCUCCGUCUCCAUUGGGGCCUGCUACCAGGUGUGGGCCGUGGCAAGGGACGGGUCCGCCUUCUACCGCGGCUCCGUGUCCCCCUCCCAGCCGGCUGGUGAUUGCUGGUACCACAUCCCAUCUCCUCCCAAACAGAGACUGACACAGGUGUCCGUGGGGCACACGGCAGUGUUCGCCUUGGAUGAAAACGGGAACCUGUGGUACCGCCAGGGGGUCACGCCCAGUUACCCGCAGGGAUCCAGCUGGGAGCAUGUGUCCAACAACGUGCGCCGCGUGUCCGUGGGGCCCCUGGACCAGGUCUGGGGAGAAGUGGGUGGAGGUUGGAUGCUGGCUCUGGGGUCAGGGACUCGGGGCGAUCCGGGUUCUGCUCUGGUCUCCCCCACUGCUGUCCCCAUGAUCCCCCUGUGGCGGGGGGGCCAGACCUUCAAGGGGUCUGCGUUCCAGGUCUGGGUCAUCGCCAACAAAGUCCAGGGAAGUCGCAGCCUGAGCCGGGGAACCGUAUGUCACCGCAUAGGCGUGCAGCCCCGUGAGCCCAAGGGGCAGGGCUGGGACUACGGCAUCGGGGGGGGCUGGGAUCACCUCUCUGUCCGGGCCAAUGCCACCAGAGCCCCCAGGAGCUCAUCCCAGGAGACACCCAGCAGACAGAGCGGGGAGCAGAGCCUCCCCAGCGAGCCCUUGAAGGUGGCUGGUGGCCCCCAGGAGACCUUGGGCCCUGUCUGCUGCUGAGGCAGGCUCCCUUCACCCAGAAGCUGGCGUUGUGCCAGGUUUGAAGGACCAAGGUUGACAUGUGCGCCUUCCUGUCGUGAGCCGUUCUCGUGCUGACAGUGGACGCCGGAAGGGGUGUCUCCAGGCCCAGACUCCAGACUCUGAGACUUUGGAGGGAACCUGGCCUGAGAUCAUGGCCACCUCAGAGGCACUGGCGGAAGCAGCCCAGAAAAGUGAAGCUCUGUGGACACCUUGUGUUCCCAGCUGCAAGGAGGACUGUGGUGGGGGGUGGGGGCCCUUCCGCCGGCCUCUCCUGCCCUUCCCUUCCCCCUCUGCCUCCUGCCUGUCUGAGUUGGGGACCUGGAGCCUGGAGCCUUCCAGGAAGCUGCCCCCAGGAAAGCAGAGCCCACAAAGGAGCCUCACAGGCGUGAGCCCCGGAGUCCCUGCACAGUGUUGGGCCCUGCCCCUUAAAGAAGAGCGGCCGUGAGGCUCGGGGCUGCUUUGCCCCAGGCCGUGACUGAGUCUCAGAGCAGCUCUCACAAAUGGGGUUUCAUUUCAGAAGUUAAGGAAGGGGCUGGAAGUCCGGAAAUAAAUGCUGAGGAGGGGCGUCUUCUUCCCCAGGUGGGCCGGGCCCCCCGGGGUGGACAGAGGACGGAGGGGUGGUCAGUGGCUGGGCGAAGCUGUCCAAGUACAGAGUCACUGUCAUCAGCCCUCAGCCAGCCCUUCCCCAGACGUGGUUGGGGCCGGGGGCUCCGACGCCUGACCGUGUUGCAGCAGGUGGCCUGGGCGGUGGAGACGGGCUGAGAAGGGUGCAGUGGCUGCAGC